ACGCAUAACCAGGGAACAGUUAAUUUUGGAAACAUUUGGUGCACGUUCAUAAUAAAAUAGACAUUUAUUUAUUGUGAUUUGCACAUGAUAUCCGAUUCCGACAACCAGUCUGGGAAGACAGAAUCAACAUAUCCAAUCAUUAGCUUCAUUUCCAGGAUGGUGGCACAUUUUGUCUCAGUGUUAUUCACAGCUUUUAUUGUAUAUACCGCUCAACCUGGCUCCAGCCUUUUUUCAUGGCACCCUACACUGAUGUCUAUUGCUUUCCUGUGCCUACUGUUCGAAGGCAUCCUGGUGUUUUCUCCUCAGAGCUCUCUCGUCUCCUCCCUGUCUCGCAAGGCGAAGCUCACCGCUCACUGGCUCUUUCAAGUGAGUGCUCUCACAUUUGCCGUGUCUGGCUUCCUCGUGAUCUGGUAUAACAAACACCUCAACAACAGCAACCACUUCACAACGUGGCACGGUCUCUGUGGCGUGGUUACCGUCGGAUACCUGUUUGUGCAGAUUAUGGGUGGCAUACUUGGCAAAUACCCGCAGAUACUGAAUAUUUUCAGAAUCAAAGUGCGGCUGGCCGAUUUGAAGAUAGUGCAUGCGACAUCGGGACUGUUGGCGUAUCUUUUGGUCAGCAUAACGUUCAUGCUGGCGAUGUUUAGCACAUGGUUUACGUCAAACAUAACAGGGACAACAUGGUUUGGGUGUUUUGGCUGUAUUUCGUGUCUGGCAUUGAUUGUUAUGAAUCAAGUGACCACUGCUUAUCUUCCCAGUGGGAGACCUGCUAAAUAAAUACUCAGUGUUCAAAUGA